AUGAAUUGGUCUAGUCAAAGUCUUGGUUUGGGUUGUUUAGGAUCACAUGGCAGGAGACGCGCUAAAAGCCUGACGCCCAGGCAGUGUGCCGUCAUGGAUGUGGCUCUGGAUACCAUCAAGCAAUACUUUCAUGCGGGCGGGAACGGCUUGAAGAAGACUUUCCUGGAGAAGAGCGCUGAGCUUUCGUCGCUCCGCCACGCUCUGUCGCUCUACACCCAGACCACCGACACGCUCAUCAAAACCUUCGUGACCACGCAGCAUUCACAGGGCUCAGCUGUGGACAAACCCAUCGGAGAGGUUUCCCUGCAGAUUGAGCUGUACACUCAUCCCAAGAGCGGAGAGCGGAAAGUUACUCUCAAAGUGAUUGCAGCCAGUGAUUUGAAGUGGCAGACGUCUGGGAUGUUCAGACCCUUCGUGGAAGUCACGAUGAUCGGGCCGCACCUCAGCGACAAGAAGCGCCGAUUUCAGACCAAAUCCAAGAACAACAGCUGGUCUCCCAAAUACAAUGAGACCUUUCACUUCGUUCUGGGUGUUCAGGACGGGUUCGAGUGCUACGAGGUUCAAGCCUGCGUCAAGGACUACUGCUUCGGCCGCGCCGACCGGGUGGUGGGCCUGGCCGUGGUGCAGCUGAGGGACAUCAUGGAGAGGGGCAACUGCGCCUGCUGGUGCCCCCUGGGGCAGCGCAUCUGGACGACACGGGCCUGA